AUGGCCCGCACCGACGAAGCCAGCUCCUUCUUCCACGCCGUCUACAGCGCCAUCCAGGAGAUUCCUUACGGGAGAGUAACAAGCUACGGGCACAUCGCCCUGCUGAUCGGAACGCCCCAACGCCCACGUCAAGUAGGCACCUGCCUCAAACACCUGCCUAUCGCCCCCUCCUCGACCUCCUCAGACCAAAACCCAGACCAAGACCCAGACGCCACUACCACCCCCCAACAACCCCGAUUCCACAGCGCCAAUGUCCCCUGGCAGCGCGUCAUCAACUCCAAAGGCGUCAUAUCACCACGGGGCCACCACCACCCCUCAGGCGCAGCGAACCAGGCCCAGGUCCUCCGCGGCGAGGGCGUGGCAGUGACGGCGGGGAGCAUGGGCGAGCUGAGUGUCGACCUGGCCGUGUACGGAUGGUUCCCGCGGCAGCUGCCGAGCGAGGCCGCUGCUGGCAUGGUGCCCCACGGGGAUUCGGAGGAAGACGAGGACGAGGGAGGCCAAGACUUACCCACUUCGUAG